AUGCUAGGGCCUUCUAAAGCGGAGUACGGCACAGCGAUGAAGACAGGGUCUCGAAACGGGGGUUCUCACAGCGGCGCAGGUUUGUCAAUGUUUGACGGGGGGUUGACGGGGGGCAUGUCGUUGCCGAUGCAUCCGGAAACCAUGCGGUUGCCAUUGCAUUCAGAUAGCAUGCGCGUGAGCGUCCACUCAGACCCCAUGCGGGUUUCUAGAGAGCAGACGGGGAUCUCGUUGAGCCCUCCGGGGGCGUUAUCGGGCCUUAACCCGAUUCUCAUGGGCCUCCAGUACCGGGAUUUUGCCCAGCCGGAGUCGCGGUUCGGCACAGAGGUCAACCUUGACCCCGUAGUUUACCAGGCCAGCCCGCCGCUCGACCUGGGGGGGAAGCUGCAUACUCCGAACCUUGGGGGUUUUGAUUCGAACCGGUAUGGGAAUGGAGGAUAG